AACUUGUGGCUAAUCGGCCUGAAAUUCCGCAGUGAAUCAUCAUGAGAUUUGAUUGGGCCCUCACAGUAUUUCGAAAACGCCUUGUCCUACCGUAACCCUCUAGAGUCGACUCUGACGUAUGUAUCGGUAUGCAUAGUUGUGAAACCCUGAAUAAAAUCAUAGGGUGACCUGCGACUUUUUCUUUCUAGUCGACUAUGUGUAAGCCCGCUUUCAGGUGGAAGAAACGACAGUCUACAAAGGAUUGUUUUUGGUUACUUCAAUCUUCUGGAUGCCCAUAUGCUACUAUUCAUAGCGAUCUGUACAUAGCCAGCGAGGCAGAGCAAGGUAUGGCCGCAUGGGGAAGCUGUUUUGACACUGGCAAAGAUGAGCUGCUGCAGGGCGAGUACACUAUACGGAAUUUCUGUGAAGUUGAGGCACAGUUAUGCGAGCCCGGUGCGGUGUAGAGAUGCAGGAUCUCUACUAA